ACAAGAAAGAUAUUUGGUCUCCGUCGUUCUUUAUUCAUCCAUCCAUUUACUUUGAUCAUUUCAAGAAUGCUCCCCAGGGUUAGCCAUUGGAAGGCUAGGGUUCUCUGAUUUAUCUUUCUUGGGUCUCUGAAUUCUUUUCCUUUAGAUUAUAAUAAAUGAUCUUGCAACAAGAUAUCUGAUAUUUUCCCCCUUCGCCCAACAAGCCCUUUUCCUUUUAUUGGCUUGGUUUCAUACGGUUCAGAUUCUCGUCACUCCUUUUCUAUUUUUGGAAACCCUAAUCAUGGUCUUGCAGAUCCGGUAACCUCCUUCACUCACUCAGGAAGCUGGCUCUCGAUACACUGUCAUUUCUCAGUUCCCAUCUUCUUGGCAUCAUAUAGUCGUUUCUAGGAGUUCUUUGGCUGCUUCUUUUCAUCUCAUCUCUCAAGCGCGAGAAACCAAAAAUGGUGAGAGGGAAGACGCAGAUGAAGAGGAUAGAGAACACCACGAGCAGGCAGGUGACCUUCUCGAAGCGUCGGAGCGGGCUGCUCAAGAAGGCCUUUGAGCUCUCGGUUCUUUGUGAUGCUCAAGUCGCUGCCAUCGUAUUCUCUCCUUCGGGAAGGCUUUACGAGUUCUCCAGUUCAAGCAUGAGCAACAUAAUAGAACAAUAUCAAAGGAAAACAAAGGACCCGGGCUGCAGCGCGAAAACUACCGAAAUCGAUUUUCAGAAUCUGAAGGGGAACUCUCUAGACAUGGUAAAGAAGAUUGAACUUCUCGAAGUUUCGAAAAGACAGCUCUCAGGAGAAGUUUUAGAUACAUGUUCGGUUGAGGAGCUACAAUCGCUGCAGAACCAGUUAGAGAGAAGCUUAAGCAAAACCAGGGCAAGAAAGAAUCAGCUCUUUCAGGAGCAGAUUGAGCAGCUGAAGCAAAAGGAGAAAAAGUUGUCGGACGAAAACAAAAAGUUGCAGAAUAGGAACGGCAUGCGAGAGCUGCUGCAAUUUGUGACCGUGCAUCCAGAAGUUCCUCGAGGACGGGGACUGGACGUGGAAACUGAAUUAUCCAUAGGAUGCCCUCGAAGACACAGGUUAAACAUCGAUCCACAUGAAGAUGGUUUGAGCAUACACUAGCUAUAAUAGUUGCCAUUUGUUCAAAAGCUGGUACGAGCUUGACCAUAACUCGGAAUUCUCUCUCUCUCUCUCUCUCUCUCUCUCUCUCUCUCGUUGUAAUUUUUUCGUGAUCGACUUCAUAAUAUCUGUCUAAAGCGGCUUUGUUACCCAAAUGAUGGGAAGAGGGAGGGUUUCAAUUUGUUGCCUCCUUGUACUUUGGAGCAUGUAGCUGCUACUCAUAUAUAAAUAAUGCCCCUGGUGUUUACGCGUGUA